AUGGGAGUUGCUUGUUGCAAAGAAGAACCUGUUGAUCUACUUGGUGAAGUCGAGUUAUCUCAUUUUCUGUUAUUACGAUCCGUUGGAAAAGGAUCAUUUGGAAAAGUUCGAGUUGUUCAACACAAGGGCACUAAAAAACUAUACGCGCUUAAAUACAUCAACAAGGAAAAAUGCAUACAAAUGAAAGCAGUUGAUAACAUCAUUUCUGAAAGGCGACUUCUCGAACGCAUCGAUUAUAAUCUUAUCGUAAACAUGCGAUAUGCCUUUCAGGAUGACGAGAAUUUAUUUAUGGUUCUUGAUCUGAUGCUAGGAGGUGACUUGCGCUUUCAUCUAGAGAGACUAGGAACAUUACCAGAAGAUUAUGUUCGAUUUUAUGCAGCUGAAUUAGCGUUGAGCUUGAAUUAUCUUCACAGCAAGCAAAUUAUUCAUCGAGACAUCAAGCCUGAUAAUAUCCUGCUGGAUGAAAAAGGACAUGCUCACCUGACAGAUUUCAACAUUGCAGCUCAACUUGGUAAUAAAAAAAACAAGACAUUGACAUCUAUCGCUGGCAGUAUGGCAUAUAUCGCACCAGAAAUCUUGAAGAAGCAAGGAUACUCGUACUCAGUAGACUGGUGGUCACUAGGUAUUUUGCUGUAUGAACUACUUUAUGGAAAGAGACCCUUUCAAGGAAAAUCAAAUGAAGAAUUGCAAAGAUCCAUUCUGCAUGAUCCGAUCGAGUUCCCCAAGGAACCCAAGGUGUCUCAAGAAGCAAUCAGCUUUAUCAAAGAGUUGCUUACAAGAGAUGUGUCUCGACGAAUGGGUGUAAAUGAAGUAGGAUUUAAAAGACUCAAGAGUCAUGCGUGGGUAAGCGGUAUGUGCUGGGAUAUACUUCAUUCCAAAACAGUGGGAGCACCCUUCAUACCAGAUGAAAAUAAAUCCAACUUUGAUCCAACUCAUGAAUUAGAGGAGGUAUUGCUUGAGGAGAACCCAUUGAAAGUCAGGAAAAGAGCAGCACUACCAAAGAAGAGCAUGUCUAAUGAUGAAUUGGCCAUAAUAGCAGCAGAGGAUAGCUAUUAUGCUGAAAAAAUACGUCUUGAGCAGAGUUUCAAGACGUUUGACUAUACUAAACCAGAUUGCAAAUUACAAAUAUUGACAGAUUCUUGUACUAUAACAAAGGUAAUAUAA